UGAGCCUCCUCUCCAGACAUGAGCAGCCCUGACGGAGGAUACGCCAGUGACGACCAGAUCCAGGGAAAGUGCUCAGUGCCAAUGAUGAUGCCCGGGCUGGGUCAGUGCCAGUGGACGGACACCAUGAGCGCCAUGGGGGAAGCCAAAAUCAAAUGCGAACCGGGAUCUGCCAGCAGGGGCAAAGCCGAGGCUCGGAUCCGCCGUCCUAUGAACGCCUUUAUGGUGUGGGCUAAAGAUGAGCGCAAGAGACUGGCCCAACAGAACCCGGACCUGCACAAUGCAGAACUCAGCAAAUUGCUAGGGCAAUCCUGGAAGUCUCUGACCCUGGCGGAGAAACGGCCAUUUGUGGAAGAAGCUGAGCGACUGAGAGUGAAGCACAUGCAGGACCACCCAGAGUACAAGUACAGACCCAGGAGGAAGAAGCAAGUGAAGAAGAUGAAGAGGGCAGAUGAGAAUUUCUAUCCCAUUACAGAGCUUACAUGCUCUCCAGGACUGAACAGUGAUGGGAUGAUGGGGCUGGACAAUUUCUCUGGAGGCUAUGAUGACCAUCAAAACGUCCAGGCUUCUGAGAACAGCCACUAUAGAGAACAACUCCCCAUGGGACACUAUUACAAAGGUUACAAUUACCCAUCAUCCCAGAUGCCACAAGCUGCAUCUUCGCACUACUCUUCAUCAUCAACUCAGGUAGAAAACCAUUUUCUGCCCUACUCCUACAAUGCCUCAUGCUCCAUCUACCAGCAAAAUCCCACCAGUUCCUUUUAUUGCAAACAGAUGCCUCAUGUGGGGCAAAUGCCACAAGGUGUUGCGGAGCAGACCCCCCCACACAUGUAUUAUGGUCAGUCCUACAUGUCCUCAUCCAGCAGUCCUCAUCAAGUGGUACCUUCUGAGCACACCUCUCCUUCACCCCAGCAGAUGACCAGAGCUGAUCAACUGAGUCCCAACCACAUUGUGAGUGAUAUAGACAAGAAUGAGUUUGAUCAAUACUUCAUGCCCGAUGUCAGGUAUAACACAGAACUGAACUCUCACACAGAUGGCUACAAUGGAGUUGACAGCACUAACUUUUUUCCACCUUCAAUCUCAGAAUCAAAUAACAUGUGUUACUACAAUUACUGUAGUUCAUAA